AUGACGCAACAAAAUGCUCACGGCCACGACGAGUCGCCCCGUGCAAAUCCAGUCUCGGGCCAGCACAUUGUUGUCGUCCGCGGGCAGCUCAAAGGCCAUGACGCCACCUGGCCGGAGGAUUUGCCGGGCGGUAGGGAAGCUAUAGAGGGCUUUCCACCAUUCAUAAAAUGGCUUACGCAGCUUGAAAAGUCGCUGAGGCUUCAGUCAGAACAGUCUCACCAAUUCCACGAUGAGCCCUACAAGCUUUUCAAGAUUGAUGUGCAAUCCUUCGAUCAGUUUGGCAGCCGUUUAGGUUUUUUGAAGUUGAAGGCAGAAAUCAAGAAAGAAAAUCCCCACGAUCCUGCAGACAAGAAUCAUCCCCUGCCUGGAAUCGUGUUCUUGCGGGGCCCGGCCGUCGCCAUGCUGAUCGUUCUCACGCCUGAUGAUGUGGAGAAAGGUAGUAAGCAAGAGGAAGAGGAUCGCCAGAUCAUCCUUACUAUUCAGCCACGCAUUCCUGCUGGAAGUCUCGAGUUUGUGGAGCUGCCGGCUGGCAUGGUGGAUGAUAAGGAGUUCAAGGGCGCCGUAGCUGAAGAGAUCAAGGAAGAACUGGGAAUGACCAUCAAGGCAUCUGAGCUGAAGGAGUUGAGUGCUCCUGCUCAAGAAUCCCGCGAAGGCAGUUCUGGUGAGGCGUUGCCUGUGGCCAUGUACCCGUCUGCCGGCGGCUGUGACGAGUACAUCAGAUUUUAUACUGCAGAGCGGCGCUUGCCGCGGAACGAGAUCGAGAAAUACAACCACAAACUUACAGGUCUAAGGGACCAUGGAGAGAAGAUUACACUGAAGCUUGUUAAGCUGAAGGAUCUGUGGAAAGAAGGGGCUCGUGAUUCGAAAUGCUUAGCUGCUCUUGCCCUCUGGGAAGGGUUGAAAAGGGAGGGGAGGCUGUGA